UACUACAUACUACACGGUACACAGGGGAACAACAAUCUAAGAAGAUCAGUUUACACAUAAACAGUGAAAUUACCAAAGAUAAAAAUGGAAGAUAUAGAUCUGGCAAAGCUGAACAGUACAGAGGACUAUUCUAGAAAAUAUCUAAAAGUUGAAGACAAUAAACAAUCAAAAAUACAGGAGUAUAUUGCAAACUCUAUAAGAAUCUUGGGAGGCUCUAAUGCUGAUAUUUUUACUACAAGGGAUCCCGAGAAACUUCUUGUUGAAGUAUCUUCUCAAAUUUGGGAACAUGUUCCAGAAAUUAGAUCUCUUAUCAAGACAAAGAAAAAAGUUUCAAAGACCAAAAAGGUUAAAGUUAAGGAGGAUACUUCUUUGAUAGAUCUGAACUCUGCUAUUCUUCAUGGAGAGGUGGGAUCUUUAGCUCCAGCUUACUACUACAGAGGUUUAAUCUUGUUUCUGAUGGAAAAAUUUAAACCUGCUCUCAAUAAUUUCAAAGAAGCCCUCUCGUGUAACUUUUGUGGAAGGGACGAAUAUAAACUCCAUCAUAAAAUAUCUCAGUGCUACGUCAAGACAAAACAGUACACCCUUGCUCUAGAGCAUUUAAACAUUGCAUUAGAGAGAAUCAAGAAAGAGAAAUUAAGUGAGAAACAAAAACAAGAUUACUCACGUAUUCUUGAAGAGUCCAGGAAGAAAAUCAGCAAAAGAUCUGAUAAACCAGAUUCUAGUAUUGAUCUCAUCACUGUUAAAAAUAUCCAGGAUUCCAGAUUAAGUUCCAAUAUAGGAAUUAAAUACUCUGCCGAGCAAGGGCGGUUUUGUGUAGCGACCAACCCUAUUCCGGCAGGAUCAGUUAUAAUGAUGGAUGAGGGAAUAACUCCAUUCUUGAAUCCAGAUGAUAAGGAUAAAAUACUUGAAUACUGCUUGGUUUGCCUGAAUCCUGUAAACAACUGUCCUUUUCCUUGCUACUCAUGCAACAGUGUUGUUUUCUGCUCUCCCGAUUGCAGAGACAAAUCAGGAGUUCACAAGUUCACUUGUACAAUGGGGGUACAUGAUAUCAGGAUUGUUGAUCAGAAGGACUGGUUUAGAGUAUUCAGCAGUAUCUAUAUUAUUCUCAGCAAACCCGCCAACUUCUGGCAGGAAAACAAAAACCUCUUUCUGAAUCAGGGAAAUGUUCCCUGUACUUCUCCUACUUUAACACGGGUAGAAACUGAACUAGAUCGAUAUCAACAUUUGUUCAACAUGGUGGAUCAUGCAGAAUCCAUAUCACAGGCAGCACGUGCAAAACACGCAGUAGUCACUGUAUUCUUAGUCAGAACUUUGAGAAGUGCUGGAUAUUUUGAACCACCUGGAAAAGGCGGGGCAUCCAAAAAGAACCAAAAUGAGAGUGGCACAGGAGAAUUUUCAGAUGAAGAACUAACAAUUGGACUUCUUGUUUACAAGCUGCGACUCAUAACAGAAUCUAACUGCUAUCCUAUCUGGGGGGUUGAAGUUGAUAAAGCAGGACAGGUUGGAUUAGAGAAUAUUGGUAGUGGAGUGUAUCCUAGUAUUGGUAGUUAUCUCAACAGUAACUGUAACCCGAACACAUUGCGAUGUAAUAUUGGAGGAACAGUCGUCAUUAUUGCUGCUAGAGACAUAAAACAAGGUGAAGAGAUAACUGACAACUAUUGUAUUCAUUACUCUGAACUCCCUGGACCUGAUAGAAGAGCCUGGCUUCAGGAGAGCUUUUUCUUCACAUGCCAGUGUACUGCAUGCUCCAGUGAUUGGUUGACCUACGACGACCUGCCCAGCAGUGUACCUUCAGAUCUUCAGAGUCUGCUAAUACCGUUGGAGAAGAAAAAUCAAGAAUAUCUCAAGAUGGGUAAACUAGAUGUAGCUCUAUCCUGUCAUGAGGAGGAACUUCGCAUCAUUGAACAUCAUCUUCAACCCCCACAUCAGCUUUACGUCAGUUUGAGAAACAGUUAUCAGUGCUGCUGGUGGACCAAGAUUGCUAAAAUUCUUGAUUGAAAAAAAAUAAUAACAAGUUUUAUGAAAUUGUAUGUUUUGAUAAAUAUUGUUUUUUUACAGUUUUACG